AUGUCGACCGAAGCGACCGGCGCUGCGGCGCCUGGCAUCCACAAUUCAAACCUCCACGACCGUGACGAGUCCACCAUCGCCGUCGUCAACCCCCCCGCCGACACAAAGUCCCCCAAGCCCAUCGGCCUGCACUCGCCCCCGGACUCCAACAAUGUCGACGCCACCGAUUCCGAAUUGAGCGACCUCGACGAGGCAAUUGCCGACGCCGACUCGCCACCAGCCAUAACUGCGACACCGCGGCAGACCGCUCCAAGGCCCGGCCCCGACGAUGCACCAGCCUCCGGUGCUGGCUCGGAGCCCGCCCAGCCUGAGCAAGUCCCAACUCCAGAACAGGAUGACGAGGACAUUGGCGAGGUCUUCCCCGAUCAUUGGUCUGGUACUGUGCCUGUCUUCAAGCCCAACAUGGACCAGUUCAAGGACUUCAAGAAAUUCAUGAGAGCUGUUGAUUCCUACGGUAUGAAAUCCGGCAUCAUAAAGAUUGUACCUCCGGAAGAGUGGAAGGACUCGCUCCCAGAUCUCAGCGAGCUUGUGAAGCCGGUCCGGGUAAGAGAGCCGAUCAAGCAGGACAUCAUGGGCUCCAACGGUACCUACCGCCAGGUCAAUAUCCUCCACCAGCGGUCCUACAACUUGCCUCAGUGGAGGCAGCUUUGCGACCAGAGCGAGCACCAGCCACCUGCAAGGCGUGGUGAACGCCGCGCCAAUGCCGACAAACCAAAACCCGCGACCCGGUCUCGAGCUUCAGCUGCGACAACCAAGUCGAGCACACCUGCCACUUCCAGCCCCGCCCGGCGUACUGGUGGUGGUCGCGGACGGCGAGGUCGAGGCCGAGGAGGCGCCCGAGGCAAGGGCAAGAAACCCACCGCACAGGACGACACCGAUGUGGAAGACCGGCCGAUGACGCCCGAGUCCCCAAGGCCUGCAGAUGACGAGAAGAAGGGCGAUGCUGUGGUAGAUUCUAUCGAGCAAGACCCUGGUGUCAAGGUUGAAGACGAUGAAUGUGACGAAGAAACCCCUCGACGCAUGGGGUUCAGUCGCCAGGCAAAGCCCAAGGUUCAAUCGACGUCAGCUCGUCGGAAAUUCAGCAAACGCGAGGGAUCCGCCAUGAUUGAUGAGGAGGCAUUCAAGGACUUUGAUUACAAGAUGGACAUCUCCGACUACACUCCCGAGCGGUGCGAGGAGCUGGAGCGGACCUACUGGAAGACCCUGACAUACGCAACACCAUUGUACGGCGCUGAUCUCAUGGGCACGCUGUUUCAUGAAGAUACCGAAAUGUGGAAUCUGAACAAGCUGCCCAAUCUCUUGGAUGUUUUGGGUACAAAGGUUCCCGGUGUCAACACAGCCUACCUCUACCUCGGAAUGUGGAAGGCCACAUUUGCCUGGCACUUGGAAGAUGUUGAUCUGUACAGCAUCAACUACCUGCAUUUUGGUGCCCCAAAGCAGUGGUACAGCAUCUCGCAGGCUGACGCUCGACGGUUCGAGGCAGCCAUGAAGAGUAUCUGGCCUACGGAGGCAAAGGCUUGUGACCAAUUCCUGCGUCACAAGGCUUUCCUCAUCUCACCUUCGCAUCUCCUGCAGCACUACAAUAUCAAGGUCAACAAAUGUCUGUCGUACCCCGGAGAGUUUGUUGUUACUUAUCCAUACGGCUACCAUUCUGGCUACAACCUGGGCUACAACUGUGCCGAGGCCGUCAAUUUCGCUCUGGAUUCCUGGUUGCCCAUGGGCAAGAUAGCCAAGAAAUGCGAAUGUGCACAGGCCCAGGACAGCGUGUGGGUCGACGUGUACGAGAUUGAGAGAAAGCUCCGCGGAGAGCCCACACCAGAAUACUGGACCGAGGAGGAAGAUGAGGAAGAUUCGGAUGAAGAUGAUGACGAGGACGAAGAAAUGGCAGGUCUUCCCUCGCCUCCUGGCAGCCACGCCGUUCGCACCAAAGCCCCUGCUCGUAAAAGGAAGCAAGCGAAGAUCAGCAAGGACAAGAAAGAGAAAGCCAAGAAGCUUCGUCUGCGGGUCAAGGCCCACGUCGAGCCACCUUGUUGCCUGUGUCCAAACGAUAUUCCUGGGGCCGAGAUCCUGCAAACCAACGACGGCCGAAAGGCACACCGCCUUUGUGCGUUGUAUCUUCCAGAGACUUACAUUGAGACAGUCGACGGCAACGAGACUGUCUUUAAUGUCGAGAACAUCGAAAAGGCCCGCCUCGAGCUCAAAUGCCUCUACUGUCGGUCGAAGCGCGGCGCUUGCUUCCAGUGUUCGCAAAAGAAGUGCCCACGCUCGUACCAUGCCACUUGCGCUGCUGCUGCUGGCGUAUUUGUUGAGCAGGGUGACGUCCCAGUCUUCGACAAGGACGGCACUGAGUACAAGGAGGAAGCCUUCGAGUUCAGUUGCCGGUUCCACAGGACAAAACGGGACAGACGCCUGGACGGCGAUGCACUGGAGGAAAACAACCGCAUCAGGGAAGCCGCCAAGGGCAUCAAGAAGAACGAGAUCGUACAGAUGCAAUAUUACAAGAAGGAGAUUUUUGCGGGCAUUGUGGUUGAGAACCGCUCAGAUGAGCAGACUCUCCUUUUGGACGUCAUUCCGAACGGUGCCCGGAUCGAAGUCGAAUGGAAGUGGCUGCUUCUACCCGACCCUGAAGAUUUCAAGCUUCCCAAGGCCUCAGCCAACGCCUUGCCAAUGCCAACAUCCAGAAAGGCCAAGGAGGAAAUCAAUGCGAAGCGAUCCGCGGACGAACCUCCGAGGGCAGGUGAUAUUUUCGUCGAAGGUCCUGCACCGGGCAAGGACUUUGUCUGGUCAGAGUUCCACACAUGCGAAGCGUCCGAGUGCAAGAACAAAGCCCAGACAAAGAUCGACCUCUCCAAGGAGAAUCAGGUCUGGCACUAUUUGGGCAAGACAUCAACCGAGGCAAAGGCUCAGUACACAGAAGACCCUCGGAAACCUCAGCACAAUCCGAAAUGCAACUUCCUUGAUAGCAUCCCCAAACCACCGCCACCACCCAGGCCCCAGCAUCAGCCGCCGUAUGGUGCCACCCACCCAUCGCAGGCGAGGGGCCCAAUGUCUACGAAACCCGAGAAGCCAUACGUCUACAAACCGAGGAAGCCGGUCGAUGCUUCAGUCGGUGCUCCUUUCACCACACAAAAAUUUGCGCCAAGUAAUACUUCAGGAGCAGCCGGGGUUCCGCCGCUGUCGUUUGGUACGGAUCCUCGAUUCUCGACUGGGCUGUACUCUACGAAUCAAUUUGCGCCAAUACCGGCGAGCAGUCCGCAGCCUCAGGUCCAGCGUCAUGGCAGCGCCCAAUUUACGCCCGUGCCACCACCGCGCCAACCCCAGCAACUCCCGCAACACCAACAGCCUCAGUCUAUCAACCCGGCCUGGUUGUCCCAGGGCCAAGCCAACAACAGCCCUCGGCCACAGGCCAUACAUUUCCAGGCACCUCCGUCUUCGAGGCAGCAGAGUGUCCCGGCUAUCCCUGCUGCUCUUGGUCAACCACCAAACUUCCCAAUGCAGCAGCACACGGCGUCUAUGCAACAACCACCUCAGGCGCAGGGCCAUGCAUCACGACCACCUCUACAGCAUGUCCCAACCCCUGUUCCUCAGCAUGCCUGGCAAAAGUUUUCUUUCUUCCAGGCCUACCACAACAGGGAACCUUCUAGGUACAGGACCCCAUACGCUCUCUGGGGUGGCUUCACCAACGGGUAUGAGGGCGAUCUCCGGAAGCACCUGAUGAAGAAACCGGACUCAGCGCCAUUCAACAACCGCCGAUUGAGCUUCAAUCUGGGUGGAGGCCUUCAGGGUCUCACCCGGCCACCAUCCCAUCGUUACUCCAACUCGACCGGUUCUUCACGGUCGUCGCCUUUUAGCGGCCCACGCGCCAGGUCACAGUCCGGCGCGGCCUCUCCCACCUCGUCAUUUGCGUCGGCCAUGUCGCCGCCACCGGUCCCCUCUCGGGGUCACCAACGCACACCCAUGGGCCGCCAGGGAGGGGCCAGCUCGAUGGAUGCGCAAGCCUCAAAGGCAUCGAUGCCUCCCAUAUCACCAGCUGGGAUCCCCUCGCAACAGCCGACAUUUCUGAACACAUCGCCGCAACCAACUGUGCAGGCUGCCCCGGCGACAAGUACAACAGUCCCAAUGGACGUGGAUCCUGAGACCAACGAAUCGCCUGCGCAGCAGUUGAAGCAGCAGUUGCGACGCAUCUCCGACCCUCAGGCGUCACCAUUUCGUCUGCCUCGGAGUCGAGGCCAUACUCCACGCUCUAGCGUGAAUCAGCUUCCAAGACUACAGACUCCUACUGAGACUCCAGACACGAGCCUGCAGGACGAACGCAGGGCCUCGUCUGGAUCGACACAGGCCACAACACCUUCGGAACUUGCUGCCAAUGGUGUCGCAGUGCGCGAGUUCCCCGAAAUGGCAGCCGACAACAAGGCCUUUGUCGAGAAGAUGAUGUUGGACCUUAGGAGGGCGAGCCAAAGCGCUAUUGACGGUAAGCUGCAUGGGCUCGGAGAAUCUCCAUCAGCCAUGAACCCUUAG